AUGGCCUGGUCGGAAAGUGAAAAUAGACAAGUUAAAAAAGACCUAAAUAUGGAAACCAAUAAAACUGAUGUAGGAGCUGAGUCUUUGGAUAAGCAAACGGCAAAAGAUAACGCUAUUGAAAGAGUUUUAUUACCCAUGAGAUCUGCGGGCCUAAGAGGAAAUCCCCCUGCCUUGAUCAGAGGUGCAACAACUCAUGCAUUUUUAAAUCCUAAAACUGAAAGUCUAUCGGAUGCUGAAUUAUCGGAUUUUUCUUUAAAUGAUACCGAGGAAGAUGAGGAAGAGUUUCGCAAUUGUGUUUUACUAAAUGGUUCCCACAAUGAAGGUAAUUCUUUAAGCAAUCAUAGUACAUCCUCUCGAGGCUUGCCUAUGGCAAGCUCACCUUCAAACAGCCAAAUGGGGUCCAACACCAACGAGGUCUUGGGCAGAAACGGGUUUCCCUUGGUACGCAAGGUGUUCACCAACACCCGCGAGCGAUGGCGUCAACAAAAUGUUUCCAGUGCUUUUGCAGAACUAAGGAAACUAGUACCCACCCAUCCUCCCGAUAAGAAGCUUUCGAAAAAUGAAAUUUUACGCUCAGCCAUAAAAUACAUAAAACUAUUGACUCGGGUCUUGGAAUGGCAAAAGGAACAAGAUGAUAAACAGGAAAAUGAGCCCAAUAACAAUAAUCGCAUCACUUUAAAUGGUCACAUAACCCAAAGUUCCACAACCACCCAUAACCUUAAUGGUUCCUUGGACAAUAAACGUAAUGUUAAGCAACAAAUUUUAACCUUUAACCACAGUUCCCAGGCUGCUAAUAACAAUUUGCUUAUGAUAGCUCCCAGCAAUAUGAUGGCACAGCAUUACAUCAAAACGGAACAGUUGGAAAGUUCGGAGGUCUUAGGAGGAAAUAAUAGAGAUACAACAGCAUCUAUACCCUUGAUUGCGGUAAGAAACUCCAAUAGUUCCAGAGGAACUAAGGCCAAUAAACGUAAGGCUACAGAGGAGAGUGUUUCAAAGGAAGAUAAGAAACGUAAAAAGGAAGUAGUUGGAGCUAAUGGAGCUACUAAUUCCAAUAAUCGUAUUUAA